UUAUUGUUGUUGUUGGUUGGCACUAUGUCAGGCAUUGCUAACAUGCAUAAAUAUACAUUAUAUUUAUAGCAUCAGAGGUAAGAGGAGGAGGAGGAGGAGGAAGGAGGAGAGAGAGGUGGUCAGCAAUAUUUGAUGAGACCCCGGGGAUGACAAUGAAUAUUUUUUUCUUUUUAACUUCUUUUUUUAGUCUCAAACUUUUCCACUUUCUUUUUCGCUCGGUGCCAUCAUCAUACCAAGGUCAGCAAACAAGAGAUAUUUCUCGGAGCGAAAAGGAGAAAGGAAUUCUCGGCCAACGCAGGCUCGCAGAAAGUGCUCUCAAGGAAAGGCAAAAGAGUGGAGUGGAGUGGAGUGGGGAGAGUUUGAAAAUAAUGAUAAUAAGGACUUUCUGCCAGCUUGUUUUCCAACGUGGCAGAUCGACACCUAGGUUGAGGCGUUUUUGCCUGAAUUCGUG